AUGAUAACAGAGGAGUUUGAAGAAGUUCCAGUACAGAGUCGUGGCUUUGGAAUUCUAGAUGUCGGGUAUCGUUCACAGGUAGAGGCUUGGGCCGCUGGUGGCAGUGGAAUUCUGUUGAAAACCACGAACAGUGGCAAGACAUGGACUCGUGAUAAAGCAGCUGAUAAUAUUGCUGCCAAUCUGUAUUCAGUAAAGUUUAUAAAUGACAGAAAUGGUUUUGUGCUAGGAAACGAUGGUGUCUUGCUCCGGUCUCUUAAAUUCCGAUUUUGUACUCCUGCAGCAGUGCCGUCUGAUGCGGUUAUGUAUCGUGAAUCUGAAACAAAGACAUAA